AUGUCCACCAUGAUGUACUCACGUAGCUCCAUGACCGGCGGUGGUAUGGGGCGAUCAUCCUUCGGUGGAGGCAUGAGCUCGUUCAGCAUGGCGGGAGGAGCAGGAGGUGCUGGUGUGAGGGUCUCUCAGGCUUCCAGGAGCUUCUCUUCUGGAGCCAGCAGCGGCUUUGGCUUUGGCGGUGGAGCAGGUGCAGGUGCAGGUGCAGGUGCAGGUUUCGGCGCAGGAUUCGGUGCUGGCUUCGGUGGAGGAGCAGCGAUGGAAGAAAGCGUCAUCGGCAACGAGAAGUUCACCAUGCAGAACCUGAACGACCGCCUGGCCACCUACCUGGCCAAGGUGUCUGCGCUGGAGACGGCCAACGCCGAGCUGGAGCUGAAGAUCAGGCAGUUUGUGGAGAGCAGGGUCGGCCCCACCACCAGAGAGUACUCUGCCUACUCCGCCUCCCUAUCCACCAUCACAGAGAUGCAGGGAAAGAUCCAGGACGUCAUCGUCGCCAAAGGUACCAUCAUACUGAGCAUCGACAACGCCAGGCUGGCUCAGGACGAUUUCAGAAUGAAGUAUGAGAACGAGCUGUCGAUGCGUCAGGGUGUGGAGGCCGACAUCGCCGGGCUGAAGGCGCUGCUGGGAGACCUCGGCAUGGCCAAGACUGACCUGAACAUGCAGAUGGAGAGCCUGAGGGAGGAGCUGGUGUCCAUGAAGUCCAACCACGAGGAGGACCUGAUUGCCAUGAGAAGUCAGAUGACCGGCCAGGUGAACGUGGAGGUGGACGCUGCUCCUCAGAGCGACCUCACCGUGGUCAUGGAGAACAUCAGAGAACACUACCAGGCCGUCGCCGCCAAGAACAGCAGAGAGCUGGAGUCAUGGUUCCAGUCAAAGUCGGAGGUGCUCAAUAAGGAGGUGGUGACCACAGAGAUGACACUGAAAUCGUCAACCUUGGAGGUGAAGGAAGUGAAGUCACAGUUUCAGGCUAUGGAGAUCGAGCUCCAGUCACAGCUCAGUAUGAAAGCGUCUCUUGAGUCCAGCCUGGCUGAAAUCCAGAGCCGCUACGCCGGGCAGAUGAGCAGCUUCCAGAGUCAGGUGGUCAUGCUGGAGGAUCAGCUCAGCCAGCUGAGAGCUGACCUGGAGCGUCAGGGACAGGAGUACCAGGUGCUGCUGGACAUGAAGACCAGACUGGAGAUGGAGAUCGCUGAGUACAGGAGGCUGAUGGACGGAGAGGCAUCUGUAUCUGCAGUGUCCUCUUCUUUUAAGUCCUCCUCCGCAGUGUCCUCCUCCGCAUUGUCCUCCUCCGCAUUGUCCUCCUCCUCCUCUUCCUCUACCACCACCACAACAGUCAUCACCAAGGUGGUUGAAGAGACCGAAACCAUCUGA